UGACACCGGGGGGACAGAUAUCAGCUUCGCGCCCAGAACCACAGGGGAAGUGCGUCCCAACUCGGCAGAGCACCAGGUCUUUGCAGCAACAGAGUUCCUCUCAGUGAGCUCCCAGCCCAACAACCCGCCCCAGAUGAUGGAUAGUGGACUGAUAGGAGAUUCCUCAGGUUUCUCCCAGCCUGCCAUGGGGGUGAAUAUGGACAUGGGGAUGGCUCUACUAUCGGCAGAGAGGCCUCCCAGCAUCGCUGAGCACCAGAAGCCCAAGGACAUGUCUGCAGGUGCCCUGGGCGAUGGCUGGACAGACAAGGCUUGCAUUCCCACCGACCUGCCGUUCACCCCAAGCUGCUCCACAAUGAUCAGUCACCAUGCAAGCCACCUGGCGGCCAGCCCCGAGGACCUUCCUGACUGUGGCCGGCCCCACCGAGAGGCCUUGGCCAUGGGGGAGGAGAUGGAGAGCAACGAGGGAAAUGACUGCAAACAACAACAACAGCAGAAGAAGAAGAAGAAGAGGAGGCCCCGAGACGAGGUGUACGACAGGGGCCAACCGGAGACUCAGGCUGAGAACACAAUCCCGUCAGAGGGCCACCACAGGGUCUCCCCCCGCAAGGACAGGGACAGGAUGGUGGGGGGCUGGGAGCAGGAAGAGCCAGGGAGAAGUGGAGGCAGGGGAAAGAGGGGCAAGAGCAGGAAGAAGCUUCCAGAAGAGUGGGGGUUUACAGCCGAGCCCUUCGUGCCCUCCUCUGCCACUCACCUCCCUGAGGGGGUGUUAGACCAACUAGCGCCCCCCAUCGCCCACCCCCAGCCCCUGGAGAACCCCUACUCUAGCAUGGGUAACAUGGGGCUGAUCCCUGCCAGUGAGGACCUCUUCCCUCCAUCUCUCACCCAGAAUCUGCUCCCUCUCAUGGCCCCCAACCAGUCAGGGAGACUUCUCGCCCAGAGGCACCUUCCCCAUGGCCACGUGUCCUGGAGACACAUUCACCGCCAGCUACCAAUACCUGCUUAUGGAUACAGAGACUGCCAGCCUGGCUCCUGGCUCAUCAACGACUACCACUUCAACAACAACAACAACUGCUUUGAGUUCAGUGACAUCACUCCAGCGUGCUACCUACCUGGGGGCAAAAAGGCCAAAUCCCCAUCACAGAAGAUACCAAAGAAGUCCCGCUCCUCCUCCUCCUCUUCCACCAAAAGCCCCACCUCACCAGGUUCCGGUCUGAACCCCACCGCCCAGUCCUUCUUCCCCUGCUUCGCCAACCCCACAGAGCCCCUCACCGUGGUGGUGGCCCCAAUGUCAGAAG